AUGAAGGAUGAGAAGUUUAAACAUGUAAAUUCUUAUUCACUGUUUAAAGGUGUGGUGAAGGAUGCUGACACUGGAGAAGAAUUAGAAGGAAUAUCUGUGAGUGUAAAAGAACUGAACUACAAUGUGACAACUUCCAAGCAUGGAGAAUAUUGGAGAUUGCUUCUGCCAGGAAAUUAUACCUUAGUGGCUAAAGGAUAUGGGACAUACUUCCAUGGAACAUGCACAAAAUUUUUGCUUCUCAUAAACUUAACUAAUUUUAAAUUUUUGUUUAUCUUUACUUAUUGUGUUAUUUAUUUCUUAAUGCUCCAAGGGAAUAUUAAAAAAUCUUUAACAGAGAGCAGUUUGCCUAUCAUGAAAUUUACAAGUGAAAGUACUUACACACCAUUAUCUCAACGCUCUGAAGAUGUGCCUGCGAGAGUUGAUAAAACAUCAGAACUGUAUGUAACUAGUGUCAUCCCAGAGACUACCUCUCUAGCAACUCUUAAUGGCUCAGUUACCAAUUCUAGUUCUCAGAGUAUUAGCCUUUUUAAAGAUAUAAAGGCUACAAAUGAUACACAUGAGGCAAAGUUUUCUAUAAGCCCUCCCCAUAAUAUUACCUUUGGUAAUGACGCUGGGUCUAGCAGUGCCGUAAAAUAUCUGGACAGUUUUAGCACAGAUUCUUCAAGUUCAAUCGCAGCUCAAGAUCUACUUAAUAUUUCUCUUAAUGAUCAUCUUGCAAAUUUGAGUCAUCCCAGUACCAAGAAUGUUGAGCAGCAUGCAACCACAAAUGAAGGAAAAUCCAAAACAAUCCACGAUGCUCAAUCUUCUUGGAGCUCUGAUCAUCCCUCGACCAUAAGUGAUGCCCAUCCCGUUACUACAACCUCUGUGAUGUCACUUUCUGCCAGUGAUGCUUCUCACACAUCACCCAGAAAUUCUACAAGGUUUACUGACUUCUCAAAUGGUGUAAGCCUGACCAUUUAUAAUUAUUCAUCUGUUGGUUCCACUACCUUAAACAAUCCUGCUACUGAGACAGUUGCAAAAAUUGCAGAAGCUAGCACUAUAACAAGUACACAGCAGCCUAAGGGACCAGAAGAGGAAGGAUUUACUUCUACUCCUGAGUUUUGUUUGCAUUUUGAAAGAUUUUUGUAUGUAUAUUUAUUUUACCUUAAGAUGUCUUUUUAUAUAAUUUCAUUAAUAAAGCUAAGUUUACGGUAUCAAAUAUUUUGUACUUAUUGUUGCACAGGGGAGCCGGAGUUCAAAUACAUUGGUAACAUGCAUGGAAAUGAAGCAGUUGGACGUGAAACCUUAUUGCUGUUGAUGCAGUACCUGUUAGAGGGAUACGGCACUGAUCAACGGGUUACUAAUCUCGUUAACAACACAAGAAUUCACAUCAUGGCUUCCAUGAACCCGGAUGGGUUUGAAGCUGCCACAGAAGGAGACUUUGGUGGAUCUACAGGUAGAAGCAAUGCAAACCAGGUUGACCUUAACCGCAACUUUCCUGAUCAGUUCUUUUUAUCUAAGGGUGUUGAAAGACAACCAGAAACUCUAGCUGUUAUGAGGUGGGUGAAGCAGCAUCCAUUUGUCCUGUCUGCUAACCUGCAUGGUGGCUCCCUUGUUGCUAACUACCCAUGGGAUGAUAAUCCUUUUGGUCAGAAUGGUGUAUAUAGCAAAUGUCCAGAUGAUGAGAUCUUCAAGAAAUUGGCCAAAGCAUAUUCAUUUGCCCACCCAAGAAUGCCUAUAGGAAAACCCUGCAACUCUGCUGAUAUUGUCUUCAGAGAUGGCAUUACUAACGGAGCAAAGUGGUACAGUGUAUCAGGAGGUAUGCAGGAUUGGAACUACCUCAAUUCCAAUUGUUUUGAAAUUACUCUGGAAAUAUCUUGUCAGAAGUAUCCACCAGCUGAAGACUUGAGAACAUACUGGAUGGAAAAUAAAAAUUCCCUGCUAGCAUUCAUGGAACAGGUGCACACAGGAGUUAAAGGCUUUAUUUUUGAUAAGAGUGGCAACCCUAUCAGCAAUGCAAGCAUCAGUGUAGCAGGUAUUGAUCAUGAUGUUGUGUCUGCUGCUGAUGGUGACUACUGGAGGCUUCUCGUACCUGGAGAAUAUUUGGUCACAGCUCAUGCUGAUGGAUAUGAAGCAAGUAGUGUGAAAGUGGAUGUACCACACCUUUGGGCUGUUCAAGUUAAUUUUACUCUCAAAGUUGAUGAUUCUCCUACAUGGUCAGCAGAAGAAGACUUUGGUGUGACUGAGAAUCUCAUGAAUGAGUAUCUUAAUAACUCUGCACUAAAUGCAGCCAUGGCAGACAUUGAAAACAAGUACAAGGAUGUUGCAGAAUUCCUGGCAAAUGAUAAUGCUUGGAGUAUGAAAGUGCAUUCUCUUCGAAUGGGUGCACAGAUUGAGAGUGGCAUUGAUAACCGUGUACGUGUGUUAAUUCUUGGCGGACUGUAUGGAGCUCAGCCUGUAGGAAGGGAAUUGGUCAUCCGAUUAGCAAGACAUCUUGGCAGUGGCUGGGCCAAGAAAAAUAGAGAAGUACAGAAACUGCUACAAGAUACACAGAUUUUCUUAGUACCAGCAGUGGAUUCUAAAGGCUUUGAUAAAGCUGAAGCAGGCAUGUGUGGCUACAGCAGACCAAGUGAGCUUCAGAGUGAAGUUGGAGGUUCAUUCACUACAGAAAUCAUUGAUGAAUAUGCUGAGGCAACAGCAAAUAUGCUGAGCCAGAUUAAACCUCAUGCAGUACUCUCUCUUGAAUCUGGUGGAAUCUUUAUGAGGUUUCCCCAUGAUGAUCCAUCUGCUAAUCCUCCCACUACUCCAGAUGAGACUGUCUUCCAAUUUUUGACAGAGGCAUAUGCAAGAGCACACCCUACAAUGUUGCAGAGUGAAAAUCCAUGCCUUGUUUUAAAUAAGCAAGCUCCUUCCGGCAUCCUGCAUGGACAAGCUCUUGGUGUAUACAAGAAUUCACUUUUGGAGUACACUUAUAAUAAUCUCCAUGACAUUUUAAUGGUUGCUGCUCAUGUGAGCUGUUGUAAUUAUCCUGCUGGGCGAGAACUAACUACCCUCUGGAGACAGAAUAAAGACUCGCUGUUGUCGUUCAUACAUGCUGCUCACCAAGGUGUGGCUGGGCAGGUGAUAAAUGAAGAUGGUCAGCCAGUGCCAUCAGCAAAGGUGUAUGUGGAUAGUAAUGUGGUGGAACUGAAGGAAGAAGCUACGUUCAGGAAGUUACUACCCACUGGUGCUCACACCCUUAAGGUAAUCUCCAAUGACUUGGAAAACAAGACUCUGAACUUUGUUGUUGAAGCUCAUAAAGAAACACCAGCAAGUGUUACAAUGGAUUCAUUGAAAGACUCCAGUAUUAUGUACCAUUCCUACUAUGGAACAGAAGACAAGAUUCGCAAACUCAGUUCUAACUACUCCAAAAUAUCAUAUCUUUACAGCAUAGGACGCAGUGCCCAGAGUCGACAGAUUAUGGCUUUAGAAAUUGAUGUAACUCAGGGAACAGAACCUCAAGGAAUAGAGCAGUCAAAUUUACCAUCAGUUGCUGUGAUUGGAGGUCUUGGCAAAAGUGACAGAGGUGGCAAAGAAUUAGUUCUUGAACUAGCUAAAUAUUUGCUCUCACGUUAUGGUCAUGAUGCAGCAGUCAAUAAAAUCUUAAAAAAUACUAAGGUUCAUUUGGUACCAACGUUGAAUCCAGAUAGCACUGCAGACAUUUCAGAAUCUUCAAAGCAAGACAAAGGAACAGAAUGUGAUAUGAAAAUAAAUACCAAAAAUUCCAAUGGCAUAGAACUAGACACACAUUUCAUUGUGAAAGGUAUGGAAGUGGAAGAUUCUUCUCCACCUGAGGUGUCUGCAGUACGCAAGUGGAUGACUGAUCACAAGUUCACUUUGGCUCUUAUACUGAGGGGAGGUGCUCAGGGAGUUGCUGUCCCAUAUUCUGCUCUUCAUGAAACAUUCCUUUCUCCUGAUGCUCAGAUAUUUCAUAAACUUGGAGCCACAUAUUCAGCUGCUGCAGGAUUACCUCAGGACAUGUCUGCAUGUGGGAAUAUAAAGUUAGUUAACGGCACAACCUACGAUGGAGUGAUAAACCCACAUUCUGGAAGUCUCCUUGAUUGCUUUUAUGAGCACAGCACCACUCUUGCCUUUAAUGUGUAUUAUGGUUGUUGUGGUAGUCCCAGAGAGGAAGUUCUUGGGCAUUUAUGGAGACAGCAUAAAGUUGGUCUUCUCAGAUUCCUCACACUCUCCAGUAUUGGUGCCAUGGGAUAUGUUACCGAUCAGAAUAAUGCACCAUUACUUGGUGCCAUGAUAAAAGUUGAAGGUUCUCCACAUACUGUUUUAUCAUUGGAUCAUGGAACAUGGUGGCGUCCUCUUGUGCCUGGUGCUCAUACACUUACAGUGAAACUUGAUGGCUAUCUUGAGCAGACUAAACUUGUACAGAUUAUGGGAGGAGAUACAGUUAUCUUCAAGCUCAAAAGAGACGACCGUGUCAUGGGUCUUCCUAGAAUGGUUUUCAUUAUUCUUGCUGGUUCAAUAAUGCUACUGCUUAUGAUCUGCUGCCUCUGUAUUGCAACUGUGCGAUCGCAACAACAACGAAGAAAAGUAUAUGGCUUCCACCAGCUUAACCAUUCUGUUGAUAUAUUCAAUGAUUCUUCAUCAGCAUCUGAAGGUGAAACAACUACAGACUUAAUCAGUGUGGGAGGAGGAGCAAAGAACAAGAUUAAAAAGAAGAGGAUGAGCAGUCGAUCAUACCACGAUUUGGUGUCCAGUUCAUCUGAUGAAGAGGAGUUCUUUAUCAAGGAUUCAGUCCCCCCAAAGAAGACUCAACGGUGAUUUCCACGGUAUUCCUAUCAUUCUAAUGAGAAUUAUCUGAAGAUGUGUAAAUAAUAUAACAUUAAUUUUUUAAAUAUAUAUAGUAUAUAACUUUCCAGAGGAAGAGUUUGGUGAAUUUUUUUAUCUGGUACAUAAAAUAUUCUUAUGAAGACAGUACGUAUUUUAGAACAUUUUGGAAAUUGAUAGUAUAGGUUGUGUAGUGUGUGUUAGUUACUAGUUGUCAAAGGCACUUGUCAAUAGACACUUGCCCUGCCGUGCACGUGUGUGCAUAUGUUGUAUAAUACAAAUGUUUUCAAUUUUUUUUUUAAUUACUGCGUAUUUGACCUAUUUGUGUAUACUUACAUGUACACCUAAUGUAUAUUGUGGCCUCUAAUUCUAAGCAAGAUGGUUUAUUUUCAGUAGCCUAGAAUAGCUUAUUGAUGUUGUUUUGAAUUUCUUGUGUAUUUAAAAUAUUCUGCAAUAUUGGGAAACAAAUGAUAAAAUGUUUGGUCAGGAAGUACAUGUGCCUUACUUUGUAUUAAAAUUUGAAAUGGCAAGGAAGAAAACACUCAUUUUUUUAAGUGCAGUAGGUUACUACAAUGAUAGAACGGUUGGGACCAGGAGCUGUCUUUUAUUAACAUAAACCUAUUGCUAAUAUUAUCUCCUCUCUUUCUCACUUCCUCUUUAAUGUUCUCAGAAAUAUGUGCAUCUGUACAAAAUACCACUGUGAAAUAAUAAUGAAUUUCCAAGUGCUUUCAUGAUUUCUCACAUUAUCAAGGAACUGCAAAAAUAAUAGGACAGCAGAAGGUUUAUUGUGAUUUUAUUAUGAUUGUGUUUAUUGUGAUUUUAAUGCAUGUUCAUUUGUGUAUAUAAUAAUGUAGAUGUGAAUUUGGGAUUAAAAUUUGUAUUUGGUAUAUAUAUUUUGAAAAGACCUUUCUAAUGCACAGCAUUUUGGGCAGAACUCAAAUAGAGCAAGACCUAAUUAUAUUAAUAUUGCAACACUUAAAUAUCUAUUAGGAAGCUGUAUUUAUACAUUAGGGGUAUUAAAGAAUUACAAAUGAGAUUUACAGUAGACAGCCAUAAGUCAUUCGAUUAUAAUGUGUUAUUCAGUAUUUUUUUCAUUUCUAAUAAAAGUGCACCAUAUACAUAAACCCUUUCAGGGUUUCGGCCGUACUAGUACGGCUUACGCACCAGGGUUUUUGACGUAGUACUAGUACGCCUAAAUUCUAGCGCCCUCAAAUCUAGUGAGAGAAAGCUGGUAGGCAUACAUAUGAAAGAAUGGGUCUAUGUGGUCAGUGUGCACAGUAUAAAAAAAAUCCUGCAGCACACAGUACAUAAUGAGAAAAAGAGAAACUUGGACCGUAUUUUUGGAUUAAAACAGCGACUUUGCACUGUAUUUUCGUAUGGUAUUUAUUGUUGUAUUCUAGUUUUCCUGGUCUCAUUCUAUAGAAUGGAAGACAUAUUACAGAAAUUGAGAAGAUUUUGACUGAUUUUACAUUGAAAAGUACCUUGAAAUUGAGCUCGAAGUAGCAGAAAUGUUCGAUUUUUACCGAAGUUCAAAAGUAAACAAAUCAUGCUAAGCGUCCAACACACAUCAACUGGUGAGUCUAAUAUUCUUUCACAAGUGCGCCGAUAUUAUUUAUACCAUUUUUUACACUAAUGAAGUACGUAGUCUGCUUAACAAUAAAUCUUCUAUUUUUUGUGAGAAUAAAAAUUCAAAGUGGAAAGCAAAAGAAUGUAAGAGGGGCCUUGGGACAUGACUGAUGAACAGAGGAAAUGUCAUUUUAGUGCCAGGAAUGUCUUUCUUGUUUAUUCUGGACCCUAUUUGGAAAUUGGCAUCUUUUGAAAUUUGUGUGAAAUUGGCAAAAUUGGUAAAUUCUGACCACUGUAUUGGAUAGUUGAAAUCGGUAAAUGGGUGGUUUCUUGCACUCAUUCGAUAGAAAAAAUGGAGUUCUAGCGAAAUAUUCAUGAUUUUUGUCGACUAGUGCAGUGGAAUUGGCUGAAAAUAGGGCUCAAAGUGGGCAAAAUCGCUGAUGCGUGAACAUCGUCGAGACCGCUAACUUCGCGAGAGCAUAAUUCCAUAAGUUUUCCGUCAAAUUUCAUACUUUUGGUGUCAUUAUGAUCGGGAAAAGUUUCUCUAUCUUUUCAUAAGAAAAAAUAAUUUUUUUUUUUUUUUUUUGAAAUUUGGGAGACCCUGAGAACAAGUUUCUGAGAGGGCCUGUUGACCCUGAAAGGGUUAAGGAAUGCAGGAGCAGAAUUUAUUUCUGUUGGUGGCAUGCAUUUCUAUUAAGGAGUGCCUUGACCCCAGGUAGGAGGUCCCAUCCUUUCCCAUACUACACAUUGGACAACUCUAUUGUUUUGGCGGUGUGGGGGAGGGUGUGACAGAAGGUGAGGGUGGUGUAAAUGCACAGCCUCUCAUGCAAGUCUAUAUAUCUUAACACAUACCAUACAAUUUUUCCUGAAUGCACAUUGCUUGGUUUCUCCUUUUCUUCAGCCCUUCAUGUAUAUGGAUAUUUAUCAUUGGAUCCAAAUGUAGUGCAAGUGACGCUGAUGAAACAAGAUUGAAAAUUAAGCAUGAAACUAUACCGGUUUUGAAAAAACUGGAGGUAAUUGAGAUGCUGAAAAGUGGUACACAUGUCAUGGAGAAGGCACAAGUGUUUGGUGCUAGAGAAUCAAUGAUUUGUUCAAUUUGAGCCAGUGAGGCAAAGACAAAGGCUUGUGCAAUGAGCAGUCCUCAAUGUGACACACUGAAAAGUAUGAAGAAUAGGUCAUUACAGUUUAUUAAAACAAAGUUUACUAAAUUUAUGGAUUGAAAAACAAAGAAAGAAAAGUUUCACUUGAUGCCCAUAUCAGGAAAAAAUCCUUAUCAUACUAGAUAAGAGCGUGUGAGAAGUAAGGACAGCUAGAAAAGGAAUGCAUAUUUAGUUCUGGAUGGUAGAAUGCACUGUGGGUUGCAUAAUAUAAAGUUCAGUGACAAGAGUGUCUGCUGACCAUACUACUGCAGAAAAGUUUCCAACUGAGCUAGCUAGCAUUAUCUCUGAGGGUGUCUACAAACCUGAGGUGUUUAAUGCUGGUGAGAUAGGUUUAUUUUGGAAGACGAUGCCUUCUAGAACAUCAGCAAACAAGAGAUAACUCCUGGAUUAAACCAUAUCAACUUAUUUCUUUGCAGUAAUGUACCUAGAAAUGUAAGGCCUUCCCUGGGAAGUUUGAAUAGCUCAUGUUUACUUUUCCCUCCAUGUCCACUUCAACCUUGCACUCAUUCUUUCUUUAACACGUAGAAUCUUAUUUUCGUAUUGCAUUAUAUACUGCUAUUUCUAAAUAAUCUGAUGGUGUCAGAUAUGCAGCUGCUUUUCUUUAAAUAAUAAUCCAAGAUUAUUUACUAGAAUUGGUCAGUAUCUUCACUGCAGAGUUAUAUGCCAUUCUCACUGCUAUAAUACACAUUAUGACCUUGUCUGCCUCAUCAUCUAAAUUUCUGGAUAACAUUGCAAGCUAUUUAGAAAUUUGAAUCCCUCAUCCCAUCAUCCUUUGUAUACAUCAUUGGGUAGGUCACAUUUCCAGUAAAUACAAAGAAGUUUUUUGCUUGGUCUGUGGACAUGCCAGUGUUCAGAGUAAUGAACAAGCAGACUCAGCUGCUCAGUCAGCUAUUAGUGAUCUCCCGCUUUCCUGCAUGGCUGUGCCUUUCUCGAACUAUUUUUUGAUGCUCUCUCAACUCGUCAACUGCUGGCACUGACAUUGGUUCAAGUUGGACCACAACAAAUUAUUCUGUAUUAAGCCAUGUUUAAGGUUCUGGCCCUUUUCUUCCCACUGUUGUCAGGUUUGAAAGACUGUGCUCUCAUGUUUACUUCUUGGACACGCGCAACUCGCUGAAGGAUGACACAUGGAGAAACAUCCAGAACUGCUCUGCAAGGACUGUCAGGUUUACUUUCAGUCCAACAUAUCUUAAUUGAUUGUUCUGUUUAUCAGCAGGCACACAGGAUUCAUUUCCAAUCUCCACACUGCCCCAGAAUGCUGGAACUGACCUUGCUGAAAGCUCUGCCCUUCAUGCAGAUUCACUAAAAUACCGUACUAAUUUCAAUUAAAUUUUACACUUGCCCUAACCCCCCACCUCCACUAACUCCUACCGCAGCACAUCCCUACCCUCACUCCUAACCUUUGCACCUUCCUACUUUUGCCCAUUCCCCCCUGCAGCACUUUGUGACCCUUGCAGGUUUAGCAUUUAUAUUGAUUAUAUUAUUCUUAUUAUCAUUAUCACUGUGUGAAAUGAAGGUGCUUGAAACAAAGCAAGAAAGACAGGGUUGCAUGGACUGCAUCUUCAGGGAUAGACAGAAAUCAUUUGAUACAUUUCCACACCAGAGAUUAGUCCAGAAAUUUGAGAAACAGACAGGGUUAAAAGGCAGUGUACUCCAGUGGGUCAAGGGGCACUUGAAUGCCAGAAGGCAGAUAACAACAGUAAAUGAUGAGACAGAAUAGGAGAAAGUAAUGAGUGGGGUUCUGCAAGGAUUAGUAUUAGAACUGCUGCUGUUUCUAAUAUACAUAAGCAUCCACAAGAGGGAAGUGAAUCUUGUGUCACUAUGUACUUAGGAUGUAAAAUUAAUGAGAAGAAUAUGAACAGGAGAGAACAUUGAUAAACUCUAAGAGACACCUCAGCAGACUGGAGAUAUGGUCAAACAAGUAGAGAGAGGAGCUACAAAUAUAAGAUAGCAAAAAAGACCUGAAGGUAAAUAUAACACCAAGCAUAUUGCCAGCAUAACACAUCUCAUAAUGUCGGUGGCAUAUACAUUAUUAGCAAACCUCAGAACAGCAUUCAGGAACUUGAACAGAGAAUCCUUUAGAACAUAAUAUACAAUAUAAGGUAAGGAAAUCAUGAGUAUGUGUUCCCAGCAUGGAGCCUACACCUUGUUAAGAAUGUGCAGAAGCUUGAAAAAGUCAGAGGUUUGCAACCACUCUGGUACCAGAAUCAAGAGCAAUGCACUAUGAGGAGAGGUUGACCGAAGCAAACCAGAUGACUUUAGUGGAGAGAAAGGUGAGACAUGAGAGGAAACCAGUAGAAGCUAAAGGCACAGAUGAGUCAUAGGGAUGUAAGGGACUAUUUCUUUAGUCUUAGGGUAAUUGAACUGUGGAAUAACUUGGAUAAGGAAGUAGUGGAAGCAGACAGGGCACACAGCUUCAAAAAUAGAUAAGAUAAAGGCUAAAAGACAAGAAAUCAGCAGUUGCAGUUGAAGUAGUCUAGAUGGCAGGGUAAACACAAUGAGUACUACUCUUAUGAAGAGUGCUUUUCUCUCACACUUGAAGGUGUUGUAUACUUUAUAAUUUAUAUCUAAACUUUCUUCUUUCAACAAACCAGCCGCAUCCCACCGAGGCAGGGUGGCCCAAAAUGAUAAACGAAAGUUUCUCCUCUUACAUUUAGUAAUAUAUACAGGAGAAGGGGUUACUAGCCCCUUGCUCCCAGCAUUUUAGUCGCCUCUUACAACACGCAUGGCUUAGGGAGGAAGAAUUCUGUUCCACUUCCCCAUGGAGAUAAGAGGAAAUAAACAAGAAGAAGAAAGAAAAUAGAAGAAUACCCAGAGGGGUGUGUGUAUAUAUAUGCUUGUACAUGUAUGUGUAGUGUGACCUAAGUGUAAGUAGAAGUAGCAAGACGUACCUGAAAUCUUGCAUGUUUAUGAGACAGAAAAAAGACACAGCAAUCCUACCAUCAUGUACAACAAUUACAGGUUUCUGUUUUACACUCACUUGGCAGGACAGUAGUACCUCCCUGGGCGGUUGCUGUCUACCAACCUACUACCUAGGUCCCAAAUUUUGUAAUACUGUGCACACCAAGUGUUAAGACCCAUUCUAUACCGACCAGGCAUCUCAGGCCAAUCAUGCCAAAUUUGGAGACAGGAAAAAUAAAACGUUGAUCUACGUUUGGAGCACUAGCAGUAAGAACAUAGAUCUACGUUUGGAAAGUUAAUGGGUUUAAGCUGCAUUUUAUACCCUCCAGAACCUGACCCUGGGGGAGCUGAUGCACUCAUCUUCACCUUCAUUCUACCCUCGUUUUAUCUAAACUAGGCUGUGGUGACUACCAAUGUUCUUAAGCUUCCCACAUUACUCUUUCUGAACUUGAUUCUAUUCGUCAUCACAGGUUACAUUUGUGUCACGGGGCUUUCCAGUCUUCCCCAGUUGAGAGCCUCUGUGCAGAAGCAAACAUCCCUUCUUUGCAAGAUUAGUGCAAUGCCCAGUGUCUCCUUAAUUUGUUCUCAUAACCUUCACUAUUCUUCCGCAUAUAGGACGGUAACAGAUGUUAUUAAGGCUUCUUUGUUUAAUUGUUCACUCUCAUUUAUUACACCCUUCUGUAUUUGCUCUCUUUUGGCUUCCCUUAACCCAUAAACGGUCCAAACGUAUAUA